UCUCCUUCUCCUUCUAUCUCUCUCUCUCUCUUUCUUCUCUGUUUCUGUUUCCUCUCAUUUCGGUACCCUGUUUUGUUCUUUCUGCUUUCUUCAGUCCUUUCUCAAACAGGGUCAAACUUAAUUUAUUCACCUUCUUCUGCUUCUGCUGCUGCUGCUGCUGCUGCUGUACAUAUAGAAGGAUAUAAAUUUUUGACAAGAUCAUUAAACCAAUCCGUUUCUUUGAUGCAUACAUAUAUCUGUUCAUAUAAAAUCUGGGUUUUUGUUAAAGAUUUUGUUUGUUUUUCUUAGAACAGAAAAGAGCAAGAGUUUGUUUGAGGAUUAUGGCGCAUGGGAUUCUGGUUUUUGAUGAAGACAUGGAGGAUCAAAGGUCUUUGAUGAGUUUUUCUCACAGCUUUGAUUAUCUUUCUGGGAGCUGGACACAGUCAACUCCACAGUCAUGCAUUGGCUUUUUGGAUUAUCCUUCAAAUCUGUCAAUGGAAGAGUCUUCGUUGCAGGUUAACUUGAUUCAGGCUUUUCAGACACUACCUGCUCUUGGCUUGAAACUUUCUAGAACAUCCUCUUUCCUAGACAGGCUAGACCAGAUGGUCCAAGAACAGAACUCCAAUGGUGAAAAUCAAGCAAACUCUAAUUCUGUUUAUGCUGCAGCUAAAGUAAAGGCAAAAGAAGCUUUACAGCAAGCAAAUAAGUUGAAGGCUGAAAACUUCCCAAUUGCUUUGCUUAGAGUCGGCUCAUGGCAGAGGGUAUCCAGAAAUGAAGGUGACUUGGUAGCAAAGUGCUAUUUUGCUAAGAGAAAGUUGGUUUGGGAGUUUUUGGAACAUGGUUUGAAAAGUAAGAUCGAAAUCCAGUGGUCUGAUAUCUUGUCCUUGAAGGCUGUCAUUCAGGAAGAUAAGCCUGGAAUUCUUGAAAUUGAGUUAAACCAGCCUCCUUCCUUCCACCAUGAGAUUGAUCCACAACCAAGGAAGCACACUCAAUGGAGAAUGGUGUCAGACUUCACUGGAGGACAAGCUCCUACGUUCAGGAGGCACUACCUAGAAUUUCCUCCCGGAGCCCUUGACAGGCCCAUCGAGAAGCUCUUUAGAUGCGACAACCGGUUGUUUCAGUUGAGCCGGCAAGGUUACCCAACUCUAGAGUCUCCAUACUUUCAGAAAUAUACAUAUGGGAUUGAUUUGUCUUUUGACUUUGGUGGCCAAGGGGCUCAUGUCAAUCCUGAUCACCAGCAGCAGUUUUCAUUUUCAAAUGCCCCUUCACAUUUUCUUUCUCAACGCUUUCAAACAUAUGAGCAGACAGCACAAAAAUCUGUCAGUACCAAGGAUUCAGAUUCACCCAUAUCAGUUAUGGAUUUUUCACAUAUAGAUGAGCAUAUCAGCAACCACAUGCCAGUCUGGGGUCAAGGGACGAACAAUGUGAGAGAUAGUUUGAACGCAAACCAAGUGGGAGGAAUGGCUUUCACUGCUGCUCCGGGCACCCAGGUGAAUCCAACUAUCUGUCUUCAAAACAACCAUAUGCCAGCUUAUGUCCAAGAAGCUCAGAGAUAUCAACUUGGAGGACUAGUACCUGCACCUUCAACCGCCCAGGUGCAUAAUCCAACGCUAGUAUCUCUUCAAGAAGCUGAAAGGCACCAACCAAGGUUUCAAAGGCUAAAUGACCUCCAAAACAUGCUGUUGAGCAACUCGCCAACCGGCUUCUCCGAUGUGGUAGCAGAGGGCAAUCUAUUCAGAGAAGGAAAUCCUGCAAACUACACUAGUAAUGUGACUGCAUUCUAUGGACAGGAUAUGGUCGAUAAUCCUGCAGUUAUUAUGAGCAACAAUCUGUCAAACAGUAACGGCAGGCUAAUCUCUCCCCAUGCUGCUUGCAGGCCGCAGCCUCUGGUUCCUAAUUCGAAUAUGAAUCUGCAGCCUGGGAACAACUCAUUUUAUUCACCUGUUGUUCCUGAUCUAGCUGUGCAAUACUUUUCCAAUCCUCAUGCCUCCAAUGAGUUCAAUGACUGGGCCUAGAAGUCUGGACAGUACGUGGAGAAUUUUGUUAGGAUAAUCAUGAGAUUUUGUUACAAAUCUCAUCUUUUUCACAUUUUCAUUCUUUUAGGCCCAGAAGAUAGGAAGUAGAUAAACCUUAAGUAGCUACAGAAACAGUUGCCAGAACUUAUCAUUUCUUUUUUCUUACAGCGUGCAACUUAUAAUGUAAGUAGUUUAGUUAUUUAGAAA